CUCUGGCAAGUCAAGCGAACUUUUAAGAUAUUCCUGAGCUCUAACAUUUUCUCAAUUUCCUUGGAGUUAACAUAAAUGUUACCUAAUGCUGUAAGUAGAUAAUUUAAAGUGGAAAAGAAAGAGCAGGAAAUGUAGCAGACAAGCACAUAACAACGGAAAUAAAAGAGGAAGAGGUUGAUGAAUUCCUUAAAAAAAAAACAAUAAUAAUAAUAAAAUAAAUAAAUAAAUAAAUAGACGAGAAACGGAAACACGAAUGAAAAAUUAUCACAAAACAAAUCGCAGUUGAGAAGGUUCGUAAUAACGCCUAAAAGUAAAAGAAGUCGAAUUGUGACGUGUGAGAUUGGACUCUCGUUUGACACAGCAGAUUGUCAGAUUCAACGUGGCGGACGGGGAGUUGAUGCACUGACGUGUGGGGUCCCCCAGGGGACCAAGAUGGGUCCUCUAUGCUUCCUCCUCCUCAUUAACGACGCCCUCACUGACACCCCCCAUCAAUGGAAGUAUGUGGACGACUGCACUGUGGGCGUCCCAGUUUCCACCAAGAACCCGGACUACUCGCCACUGCAAGCAAUUCUGGAGCGACUGCAGACGUGGAUGGAGGAGAGCAGGAUGACCAGCAACCACAGCAAAACUGUGGUGAUGCAUUUCUGUACCUCCUCUGUACCAGUGCCCCCUCCCCAGCUCACAGUGGGCCCUCACCCCCUCCAGGUGGUCCAAUGUGCCAAGCUUCUUGGAGUCACGGUGGACGACCAGCUGACCUGGAAGCAGCAUGUCGCCAGCACCGUAAGAUCAGCUACCUACAGGCUGUACAUGCUGCGCAGACUCAGGUCGCUGGGGAUGCCGACAGAUGAGUUAAGGGGGGUGUACCUCACCUUCAUCCUCCCCAAACUCAUAUAUGCCUCCCCAGCGUGGUCCUCCUCCCUCACACACACUCAACAGCUACAGCUAGAGAGUGUGCAGAAAAGGGCGUGCAGGGUCAUCCUUGGCCCUGCAUACACCACCUACGAAGAAGCCCUGACCACCCUGAGUCUGUCAAGACUAUGCACCAGGCACCGAGAGGCUCUGGAGAAGUUUGGAAGGGGACUACUGCAUCAUCCACAUCUCAGAAACUUGCUGCCGCCUGACCCGCCUCGCCCGGUCCGUGCCACCAGACACCACAACAAGAUAACGCCCCUAAGGGCGCCGUGCACGGACCGGUACAGACUCAGUGCGAUUCCCAUCAUGGUGUGAGCCAUCAAUCAAUAGUAUUUCCUCCCUAGAUUAGACUUACCUUUAGGAUGAAUGUUAAGUUUUCCCCACCCCCUACGUACAUUUUCAGUUUGUUAACUGCCUAAAUAAUAAACUGUUUAUUAUUAUUA